AUGAAGGGAAUCGCAACCAUUCUCGUUAUUGCUAUGUACUCAACUUUUGUACUAGCAGAUCUUCCCCAUUACACUACCUACAAAAGCUUCCAAACUGCGUUCUACGAAUGUGCGGAGUACUAUCAUGUGCCUAAUUGCACCGUUCGACGGUAUAUUGAGCAAUCCUAUCCACCGGAGGAGGAGGUGAGAAAACUUAUUCGUUGUACGCUGAUCAACCUUGGAGCCUGGGAUGAUGAUAAUGGUGUGCGUGAUGCUGUGAUUAGUAACUACUUUGUUCCAUCACCGGGUGACACCUGCUACGAAAGACGCACUCGUGAAUGUCUCGACAACAUGUUCUACGAUUGCCGCAAUUCUCGCGCCUACGAAUCCUUCAAGUGUUACUACCGUUAUUACGGAGAACUCAUCACGGAUGAUCAGUUCGUACCUUACGCAGAGUUGGAACUGCAACAGUUGGCUCUCACUAGCCUUACGAUCGCCAAGCUUCCUUACGAUGUCCUUGUCCAAUACUGCAAGGGAGACAUUGUAAAUGAAGAACAUUUCCCAGAAUUGCUGUUCGUGCUUUUGGUACGAGGAGGAUACUAUAGCACACAGAAUGGCUGGAAUCUGGAGAAUAUGUACACUCAACUGGGUGAUCAAAUUUUGCUGGAUCCUUACACGCAACAGUGCAUCGAUGGGGUUGCGAAGGAGAAAUGUAACGCUGAUGAAGUAUCGAGAUUAUUCGCUACAUGGCAGCAAUGUUUGGGUCAGUACGGUCCGCUAAUACAACAGUACGUACAAAAUGCAGCCAAGACCUUGGUUGGUGAUCCGGACGGUUGCAUCUGUACUAACUCUUUAUACAAUGGAAACUGGGUGAUUUAA